AUAAAGGCAACAACUCCGGACGGAUUCCCUAGCGUUUCCCCGUAUUAACUCGGAAUCAUUGUCGCCACGCCAAUUCGCCUGACCACAACCGGCAGCCAUGAAGUCCACCGUCGCCUCGGCCACGGCACUGCUCUUGGCCCUGUCAGGUAGUCCGGGCGCCGCCAAACCGGUCGUCGACACGGCGUACCCCUACACGGGCCCCGACGUGCCGGUGGGUGACUGGGUGAAUCCAACGGUCAAGGGCUAUGGGAAGGGGUUCCCGCGCCUGAUCGAGCCACCUGCGGUCAAGCCGGCGAGCGCGAAUCCCAGCAACAACAUCAAUGUCAUAUCACUCUCGUACCUGCCCGGUGGCAUCAACAUCCACUUCCAGACCCCGUUUGGGCUUGGCGAGGCCCCGAGCGUGCUCUGGGGGACCCGGCCGGAUAGGUUGUAUAGAAGAGCCACGGGGACGAGCCAUACAUACGACCGGACACCGCCCUGCUCGGCCGCGGCGGUCACCCAGUGCAGCCAGUUCUUCCACGAAGUGCAGCUGCGCCACCUGAGGCCCGGCACCAGGUACUACUAUCAGAUCCAGGCGGCCAACGGCACCACGGAGUCCGGGGUGCUGAGCUUCGAUACGGCACGGGCCGCCGGCGAUCCGACUCCCUACAGCAUGGCCGUGCUGGCCGACAUGGGCUACACCAACGCGGGUGGCACGUACAAGCAGGUGCUCCGUACGGUCGAUGACGACGAUGUCGCCUUUGUGUGGCACGGCGGCGACCUCUCGUACGCGGACGACUGGUUCUCGGGCAUCCUGCCGUGCGCCGACGACUGGCCCGUCUGCUACAACGGCACGUCGACCCAUCUUCCCGGCGCGGGUCCGGUGCCGGACGAGUACAAGACGCCCCUGCCGGCCGGCGAGAUCCCUAACCAGGGCGGGCCGCUGGGGGGCGACAUGAGUGUGCUGUACGAGUCCAACUGGGACCUGUGGCAGCAGUGGAUGAACAAGAUCACCAAGCGGGUGCCGUACAUGGUCAUGCCGGGUAACCACGAGGCCUCGUGCGCCGAGUUUGACGGGCCCGGCAACGUCCUGACGGCCUAUCUCAACCACAACAAGGCGAACGCGACAGCGCCCCGGACGAACCUGACAUACUACAGCUGUCCCGAGUCACAGCGCAACUUCACAGCGUUCCAGCACCGCUUCCACAUGCCAGGCGCCGAGACGGGUGGCGUUGGCAACUUCUGGUACUCGUUCGACUACGGCCUCGUGCACUUUAUCGCCCUGGACGGCGAGACGGACUACGCAAACAGUCCGCAAAAGCCGUUCGCGCGGGAUCUGAAGCCUGGCGAGACGCAUCCGACCCCGGGAGAGACGUCUGUGACGGAUAGCGGGCCAUUCGGCACCGUGAAGGGCAGCUACGACGACAACAAGGCGUACCAGCAGUACAAGUGGCUAGCCGCCGACCUGGCAAAGGUGGACCGCAGAAAGACGCCCUGGAUCAUUGCCAUGAGCCAUCGGCCCAUGUACAGCUCCGAGGUAUCGUCGUACCAGCCUCGGAUCCGUGCCGCCUUCGAGGACCUGCUGUUGCAGCACGGCGUGGAUGUCUAUCUGGCGGGCCACAUCCAUUGGUACGAGCGGCUGUGGCCAAUGGGGAGAAACGGCACCAUCGACCGCAAGGCGAUCGUGGAUGACCACACCUACAUGACCAACCCGGGCAAGUCGAUGACGCACCUCAUCAACGGCAUGGCGGGCAACAUCGAGAGCCACAGCACGCUAUCCGAAGACGAGAUCCUCGACAUCACCGCCGUCGUAGACCAGGAGAACUACGGCUUCAACAAGCUGACGGUUCACAAUGCCACCGCGCUCACCUGGACGUUUGUCCGCGGCGACGGCGGCAUCGGGGACGAGCUGACUUUGAUCAAGAAGAAGCCUGGCCGGAGGGGAGGAGGUGACUCGAAGCAUCGCUACGGCGGCCCCGGCGUGCUUUUCCAGUAGAGCUGGGGGAAUCCGGAGAUGCGUCUUGCUCGUCCAAGUGUUAGCCAAGUUCCACACAACGGCCAUAAUAGCCGCCAGUAUGUGGAUACUUUGCACAUAUUAGUAACUUUAAAAAAAUGUACAUCUAAUAUUAUGAUUGUAAGAAGAGUUAAUUACGCAAAGGGAACCGAGCUACGUUGUCGAGGACGGGUUAGAAAUGAGGUUAAAAAACACUGCUAUUUUG